AUGCUUGAGAGAGUGUGUCGAGGAAGGUCAGAGCUCGUCUCAUGCAGGGAGGGUCAGAGCUCGUCUCAUGCAGGGAAGGUCAGAGCUCAUCUCAUGCAGGGAAGGUCAGAGCUCGUUUCAUGCAGGGAAGGUCAGAGAUCGUCUCAUGCAGGGAAGGGCAGAGCUCGUCUCAUGCAGGGAAGAGCAGAGUUCAUCUCAUGCAGGGAAGGUCAGAGCUCGUCUCAUGCAGGGAAGGUCAGAGCUCGUCUCAUGCAGGGAAGGUCAGAGCUCAUCUCAUGCAGGGAAGGUCAGAGCUCGUUUCAUGCAGGGAAGGUCAGAGAUCGUCUCAUGCAGGGAAGGUCAGAGCUCGUCUCAUGCAGGGAAGGUCAGAGAUCGUCUCAUGCAGGGAAGGGCAGAGCUCGUCUCAUGCAGGGAAGGGCAGAGUUCAUCUCAUGCAGGGAAGGUCAGAGCUCGUCUCAUGCAGGGAAGGUCAGAGCUCGUCUCAUGCAGGGAAGGUUCCUUGAGUGGAUGCCAGAAGGAUCGUUGUUUGUGAUCAUGGCCAUAGCUAUCAGGAUGACUCAAGCUACUGCUAAUGCCGGUAUCAGCACUGCAACUUUUGCCUAUAUUGGUUUAGAGUUUCCUGACUGUGUGGCUAAAGUCUUUGCCUGGACAAGGACGACAAUGAAUCUGGCGCAGAUGUUUGGGCCAAUUCUGGGUGGAGCUUUGUUAGAGCUGGGAGGCUUUAAGAUGCCCUUCUUCAUCAUGGGGACCAUCCAGAUGGCCAUGACUCUGGUGUCAUUUUACUUUCUCCCAGACUACUAUGAUGAAGAUAAAAAAUCAGAAAAGAGUGAAGAGGUGAAGAUUUGGAAAAUCUUCACCAUCGGAGGCAUAUAUGUCUCGUUCAUCACUUUCAUCUUCUCGACUAUGAGUAAUGGCUUCCUGUCUAUCACCUUGGAACCCCAAGUCCUCAGGAAGUAUGGCUUAAGUCCACUGUAUGUGGGCUUGUUAUUUGGCCUUAAGGAUGGUGCCAACAGCUUGGCAUCACCUUUCUGGGGCUAUGUUUGUGACCGUUACUGGCGUGUCAAGAUCUUCAUUUUGGUGUCGUCCUGCCUGGCCUUAAUGUCCUUCUUCCUGCUGGGACCUUUCCCUGGAAUACCUCUACACAGGACCUUGAGUGUGGUGAUCUUGGCGCUUAUUUUGAACGGCAUUGGGAUAGGUGGUCAACAGGUGGCUGGUGUUGUGGACGCCAUGCGGGAAGUUGUAGGUGCUGGGUUCCCAGACGUUGCUGGGACUCAUGGCUUUGUGGCAGGACUGUGGGCGUCACUCUCUGGUGUUGGCAGGUUCUUGUCAAGAACUGUCUCAGGAUUUCUAGUCGACACAAUGGGCUUUCGCAAAGCCUCUGUCAUCGUGGUUGCUUUGCAUGCUUUUGUUGUGGUGAUGACUGUGGUGUACCUCUUACUGUGUCGCGAGAAAGCUUAUAAAAAGAACCAGGAAGAGCUGUCUGCUGAUCCUCAAAGAGCUUCUAACGCUAAACGGAAAAGGGAAACAAUACUGACUACUACACCAACAGAACCUUUAACUACAAAAACUGUGACUGUGAACGUACGUUAUAGAGAAGACAUCGAGGACUCUAUAUUCUGUGGGUCAGCGCCGAUUCCUACUUCCACAAGGUGUGUUAACAGAUAUGUUCGUUCCAGCUACCUGUCUGGGUCACAGAGUUUUGAUUCUGUUUAAAAUCUACAAUAAGGGAGGCUUAUAGUCCGGCAUAAUAUUGUGGUAAGGAAACUGUUGCUAAGUCUCUGUAGUGCCCACUAAGUAACCAGGUUGGUCAAACUGCUAGUUUAAAAGUCUAGAACUUUAAAAAUUAAGUCUUCAUGCUAAGUGCAAUGUAAAGUAUUAGGGUUGACUGAACUACAGAAACUCAUCAAAACAUUCAGUGAAUGAACUGGAAAUGACUGUUCAUAUAGUUAGCAGUUCCACUUUGUAAAUGUUUUGAUUAACUUGCCUCAUUAAAGCUCAAGUUCUACAAAUUUAAAGAAUUUAGUUAUUCCAUUGUGACUAACCUUCAAAAAAUUCCGAACUGCUGUCGUUCAUCUGCAAUAAAUAAAAUAAUGCGCUUAGAACUGCUCAACAAUGUAACAUAGGUUUCUGUAUAGAAUGCUGUUUUUUAAGAUAAAUUAAAAACUUAAUUCACAAAGUAACAUGUCAUGUAUAUAAAUCAUUGUCUAUCCAUUUUUAGAAUUUGUUGUGCCCGCACACACUGGUGUGUUCUAUGGUAUUUAUAUAAUCAUUUUAAUUUAACCUGUUUUAUCCUGUGUAUUGGGUAAAAUAAGAAUAGGAUAAACUGCCUAUAUAAAUCAUGAUAUCACCAAGUAUGUUACUGAGAUGUGAUUUUAAUAUUGUGUAUAUGUAUGAAUUCUCAGAUCUGCUGUUGAGGUCUUUAACUAUGAAGGCAGAACAAAAAUUUGCCUCAUUGUAAAUGUGUAAUUUAGUGCAUUAAAAAUUUAUCUUUGAAAUGUGUUCUCACUUCAGUGGCCCAAGUAAUGGAAUGGAAAAUGCGGUCUACAAUUGUUGAAGGCUGAAGUCAUUUAAUACUUUGGAAAUUUAAGGUGCAUUCUGCUGCAUAAUUAAAAGUUUUAUGCAAGUUUCUGCCGGA